AUGCGCGCUUCCUUCGUUCCACUCCUCCUGGCUGCGGCGGCGUCCGCAUCGUUGAUGGAACGCCAGUUGUCGUCGCUCCCCACGUGCGCCCUUCCCUGCCUCGUCUCCGCCAACGUUGGCUCCUGUAGCCAGACCGACAUCGCCUGUCUCUGUUCAUCGUCGUCCUUCGUCUCCUCCCUCGCGACCUGCAUCGAGUCCUCCUGCACUGGUGCAGAUGUGCAGACCGCGAUCAGCCAGGCGACGGCCUUGUGCGCCAACAACGGCGUGACCCUCUCGUCCGAGGCCAUUGCAUCCGUGACGUCGGUGGCUGCUGCUAGCGCGAGCGCCUCUGCCUCUGCUUCCGUGACCGGCACUUCAACCGUCUCUUCAGCUGCUGCCUCUACGUCGUCCUCCUCCAGCGGCACCCUCUCCAACGGUGCCCAUGGUGCCCUCGCCCUCAUCGGCGCCGUCGCAGCGCUCGCGUUGUGA